AUGAGUGGUGGUUUCGAGACAGAGCUUGAUGUCCUUUGUGGUUGGCCUGUCGAUGUUGUAAGAUAUUUUGUACGGACUGCACCAAAAACAUUCUUCUAUGUUCCUGACUUCAUAAAUACAGAAAUGGAAACAGAGCUUCUGCAUAAAAUCUAUGCUGUGGGACAAUGGCGAUACCUUUCCAAUCGACGUCUUCAAAUUUGGGGUGGAAUACCACAACGAAAUGGAAUGAUUGCUGAGAAGAUUCCAGACUGGCUCUCUAAUCUGAUGGACCGAGUCACGAAUUUGGGUGUUUUUGGACCCAAUCGGGCGAAUCAUGUUUUAAUAAACGAAUAUAAACCUGGUCAAGGAAUAAUGCCCCAUCAUGAUGGUCCACUUUAUUACCCAGUCGUCACAACCGUAAACUUGGGUGGACAUAGUGUGCUAGAUUUUUACAGACCCGUUGCGAAUGGAGCAGAGAAUGCAUCAUUAUCGAACCGGUAUGUUGGAUCCGCGCUUUUAAUGCCUCGAAGUUUGAAUAUUAUCACGGGGAGUAUGUAUACUUAUUAUAUGCACGGAAUCGAGGAGCGGCAAUGCGAUAUCCUGCCACAAUUGCAGAUACAUGACAAAUCGAUAUUGUCUGCAGAAAGUGACGGUUUUAUUGAAAAGAAGUUAUUCAACUUCGAUCAAAUUCCCUCUUUGGAUGAGUUAGUGUGUCCACUAAAGCGUGAAACAAGGGUUUCUAUAACCAUAAGACAUGUGCCAAAUACUAAGAAUGUUGACCUAUCGCGGAUUUUUAAAUAA